UUUGCUAGCUUGGGUCAAAGGAAAGAAGGGCCGAAGGAAAGAGGAAGACCAAACAAUUAUGUGUGUUUGACCUUGACUCUUAAUUAUUCCAGAGGAUUCAGAAAAAGUAUCUCGUACCUUCAUGAUAUAUAGCACUCAAACUAUCCCCUAAAGUUACCUAGAAAUUUCUGGCAACAUUCUCGAAUCAUGGCAUCCUCGCUGGUACCUGCUAUAAAUACAUAACCAAUUACAAUUGAAGCAUAAGCAAGCAUUUUCAAUUGAAGCAUUUUAUCAAACACAUUCUAUACAGAGUCUUCAGACAACCUGAGCAAUCAACAUGGAUUUCGCCAACUUCGGCAUCGACUUUAGGCUUCUCUCCACUCUCCAAGACAUGCUAGAUUUUGCAGACGAUCACGAAAAGCCAACACAGAACAACCCAACAAGAGCCUACGUUCGAGAUGCAAAAGCCAUGGCAGCAACACCAGCGGACGUGAAAGAGUAUCCCAACUGCUACAUAUUCAUCGUUGACAUGCCGGGGAUCAAAGCCAAUGAAAUAAAAGUUCAAGUUGAAGAUGAGAAUGUAUUGGUGGUGAGUGGAGAUAGGAAGAAGGACAAGGAAAAGGACGAGAAAGAAGGAGUGAAGUACUUGAGAAUGGAGAGAAGAGUUGGGAAAUUUAUGAGGAAAUUUGUUUUGCCUGAGAAUGCAAAUAUUAAUACCAUUUCUGCUGUUUGUCAAGAUGGGGUGCUUCGAGUCACUGUUGAGAAAUUGCCACCGCCCGAGCCUAAGAAACCAAAGACUGUUGAAGUCAAGCUUGCCUAAAGACAAAUUAAGUUUGCUUCGAUGAGGUUUGAUUUGGAACUUCGAUGAGGUGCUUAUGAUGUAUUUUGAACUGUUUUGUGCUGUGUGUACCCUUUUGGUCUAUGAACUGUUAACAUGAUCAUGAAUAAAUUUCUUUGAGUUUACGGGAGCUUUUGCAUUUACUGGAGAAAAAUUGAAGUCACUAACAUGUAAAAGGAACAAUUCUUUAGUAUAUUUCCUAAA